AUGGUAGAAUCAAAGGAGCUCACUACAGAGCUCAUUGCUGGUAGUGCAGCAGCUGUUUUCCAAACUACUAUCUCAUACCCAUUUGAAUUCCUGAAAACUGGACUUCAACUCCAAAGGUCUCUUCCCGGUACGGCUCCCUUCAACAUGUUACAUUCUGUGAAAACGUAUUUUACAGGUAGUUCAGCCCUAAAUAUAGCAGCUAUUAUCAAGACUACGACGAGAUUUACCACUUUUGAGAAGGCCUGUCAGAUGCUGAGGGAUCCUUCUUUACCCGCAGGCACGCCGUUAUCCGGUCCAAGACUGCUUAUGGCGGGAACUAUAACGGGAUUUAUGGAAAGUUUAUGGAUAAUACCGUUUGAAAAUAUUAAAGUUACAAUGAUUGAAAAUGGUAUUAAAGACUCUGAAAAGUCUCAGAAAAAGCCGGAAGUGACAGAUAAGACAACUAAAAAACCUCUGCAGGAGAAUAGGCCAACAUUCCAUGCUUCUACCUCCAAUGGUAAACCACAAUUGACACCACAAGAAGCUGCAUUUCUCAAAUAUGAAAAGGCACCACCAUUGCAUUUCUUCCCCACUAUAAAAGAAAUAUACCUAACUAGAGGCAUUCAAGGGUUUUUCAAAGGCAGUUUCCCCACGAUAUUCAGACAGAUGGGUAACACCGCAGUAAGGUUUACAGUCUACACAUCUUUAAAACAAACAAUCUCACCUAACAAACCUUUGAAGGAACACUAUGCAUUUGCAAUUGGAUUUGUGUCAUCAUGUGCUGUCGUAGGAAUUACACAACCCAUCGACGUGGUUAAAACCAGAAUGCAAAGCAAAUACGCUUGGAUGACCUAUAAAAAUUCUCUAAAUUGUGCAUACAGAAUUUUCGUUGAAGAAGGUGUCGGUAAGUUUUGGAAAGGAUGGAUACCACGUCUCUUUAAAGUUGGUCUAUCGGGCGGUAUGUCAUUCGGAGUCUACCAAUACGUGGAAAAUCUGGUUACUUUAAUGAGAUCUGAAGGUUAUUUGGAAUAA